AUACAUACACUUUCAUGCGGAGACGGGAGGACUAUUAUUUUGUUUUCGUCCAGGUCGUUUUAAUCCGUUCUAGAAAAGCGUUUAUCAUGCUAAUGUCUCUUGGUUUACUGCUAUUUCCAACAGCUUAACAACAGUUGAAGCCUGUCAUUUUAAUUAAGUCGUCACUUGACUGCGUAUAUUUUUCCCAAUACGUGCUCUCAGCAGGAUAUAUAGUCGCAUUCAGUGUGAGAAACUGAAGGAAGCUCUUCAUACGGGAAGACUGGAUUUGUGUUUCGAGGCUUUAGUCGCCUGAGGCUCUUUCGCACCUGCCAGCAAAAUGUCUGCCCCGGAUGCCACUGCUAGCCCUGGAGCCCCAGAGGGUGAGGGGGGCCCAGGCGCCCAACCUCCCAACCUCAGCAGCAACCGUCGUCUCCAACAGACACAGGCCCAAGUAGAUGAGGUGGUUGAUAUCAUGCGUGUGAAUGUGGACAAGGUUCUGGAAAGAGAUCAGAAGCUAUCAGAACUGGACGACCGGGCGGACGCGCUGCAGGCCGGAGCAUCGCAGUUUGAGAGCAGUGCUGCUAAACUGAAAAACAAGUACUGGUGGAAGAAUAUUAAGAUGAUGAUCAUGAUGGGAAUUAUUGGGGUCAUCUUGAUGGGCAUUGUUUUCAUGUACUUCUACUACUGAGCCUCUCGUGGGACGCACAAGGACAGGAGACUCAGGCUUUGUGUGAACUCCACCCCUCCUUUUCUCCCCACCAAUGCCUUUCAUUGAAUCCAGUGUGUGUGUGUGUGCAGUCAUUGACGCAGUGCCUCUCCUUCCCUUUGUCUGUCACUGCAUUUCUUUGUACCUCUCUUGAGUGCUUUGCAACAGUGCCCGAGCUUACUCAAAAACUCCUUCGGUUAGGAAUAUCUGCUCAUGUUUUUAGAUUAGAGAAUGUGUUGGCCAAAAAAAAAAGUGAUGCAAUAAUAUAGGUUUGUAGCGCUGGUCCAAAUGAACGCCUGAAUAACUAAAGAGGGAAAAUGAAACGCAAAGAUCAGUUAAGAUUGAGUUUAGGAUCAAGUCAUGCAUUUAUGCAUAGAAGCCAAAGUGUACUAUUUUACCCAGAAACAACUGCUGUGGUCUUAUCACUACAGUAUUAACAAAGGGCAUCUGCAAUGAAAAAUUAGUAGUAAAGUAAAAAAUUAUAUACACAAUAUUUGUUUUGAAUUAUUUUUAGUCCUUCUUCAUAUAUAGAUUCAGCAGUCGACUUAAGGGAAAUCACAAAUCGUCACUUUUGCUCUUUGAUGAUAUGUCUUUGACAUUAAUGUCAGCCAGAAGAUCAGUUGAGUUUGGAGGAAAAAACAGGGAUGAUAAAAGAUUUGGCGUGAAAUGAAGAUUGAAUGUUACAUCAGCGACCACAUUAUUAAAUAUUUUGAUUUAAAUAUUUUUUGCUAUUUUUUUGUAU